UUUCUAUUACCCUUUUCUCUGUUUCUUCUAUGAGUUCCAUGAACUUAUCAGUUUUCACUUCUAUGCUAGUUUUAAGUACGUGAAAAACAGUGUUGCUUUGUGUUUCAUGUUCUGUCAGUGUUUUUUGUCUGCUGUUUGGAUCUUUGAAUUAUGAAUCUGAGUAACAGCACGGGAUCCAUGUCAACGCCAAGUUCAAGUUCAGCUCUGAAAUCCGGCGACGGAGAUGCCUCCGACCAAUUUCCGGUGGGUCUCCGGGUACUGGUGGUGGAUGAUGAUCCCACGUGCCUUAUGAUCCUUGAGAGGAUGCUGCGUGCUUGCUUCUACGAAGUUACGAAAUGCAACCGAGCAGAGGUUGCAUUGUCACUUCUGAGAGAGAACAAAAAUGGGUUUGAUAUUGUUUUAAGCGAUGUGCAUAUGCCGGAUAUGGAUGGAUUCAAACUUUUAGAGCAUAUUGGGUUGGAGAUGGACCUUCCGGUUAUCAUGAUGUCAGCUGAUGAUGGAAAGAAUGUUGUAAUGAAGGGUGUGAAACAUGGUGCUUGUGAUUACCUAAUUAAGCCCGUGCGUAUAGAGGCUUUGAAGAAUAUAUGGCAGCAUGUGGUUCGGAAGAGAAAGAAUGAGUGGAAAGAUCCGGAACCAUCUGGUAGCGUGGAAGAAAGAGAUCAGCUGCAAAAGCCAUCUGAUGAUGGAGAUUACUCAUCCUCAGCAAAUGAAGGCAAAACCUCAAAGAAGAGGAGGGAUGAGGAAGAGGAAUCAGAGGAGAGGGAUGAUAGUUCCUCGUUGAAGAAGCCGCGGGUUGUUUGGUCUGUUGAGCUCCAUCAACAGUUUAUGGGUGCUGUGAAUCAACUGGGGAUUGACAAGGCUGUUCCUAAAAAGAUUCUGGAAUUGAUGAAUGUUCCUGGGCUCACUAGAGAAAAUGUUGCUAGCCACCUCCAGAAAUAUCGUUUGUAUCUUCGAAGGCUGAGUGGAGUUUCCCAGCAGCAGAAUAGCUUUGGCAACUCCUUCAUCAGCCCACAAGAAGCAUCAUUUGGGGCAACUUCAAUCAAUGGAAUUGAUCUUCAAACUUUUUCAGUUGCUGGCCAGAUGCCAGCACAAAGUCUUGCCAAGCUUCAAGCAGCAGGACUUGGUAGGUCAACUGCAAAAGCAGGUAUGCCUAUACAUCUAGUUGAGCAAAAGAACCUAUUCAGUUUUGAGAACCCAAGAUUAAGAUUUGGAGAAGGGCAACUGCAACAUUUGAGCAGCAGUAAACCAAUGAACUUGCUUCAUGGAAUCCCUACCAAUAUGGAGCCAAAGCAGCUUGUCAAUUUUAACCAACCUACCCAAUCCUUUGGCAACUUGAAUAUGCGAGUCAAUGCUCCUGUUGCUCAGAGCAGCCCCUUGUUGAUGCAGAUGGCUCAGUCUCAACCAAGAGGUCAGAUGUUAAGUGAAAAUACUGGUUCACAUGUUACCAGGUUUCCAUCAUCUUUGGUGCAGCCCACAGUACCAAAUGGAAUUUCUAAUGGUGUUCUGGGAAACGGGAUUGCUGGUACCAGCAACAUAACUCCUGCUUAUAAUCCAGUUACACAAAGCUCUUCAUUGUUGAGUUUUCCCAUGAACCGAACCACUGAAAUGUCAGCUAGUAAUUUCCCUCUUAGAAGCACUCCAGGUACAUCCAGUAUCACAACAAAAGGCAUGUUUCAUGGGGAACUUACUUCAGGAAUUAAAGAAUCUGGUGGAUUUGUUCCAAGUUAUGAUAUUUUUAAUGAACUCCACCAUCAGAAAUCCCAUGACUGGGACUUAAGAAACAGAGGCCUGACAUAUGCUUCUCAGAAUGCAAAUCCUUUACAAGGUAACAUUGAUGUCUCACCAUCAGUUUUAGUCCAUCAGGGUUUUUCCUCUAUCCAACAGACUGGACAAAAUAGAGAUGCUACUUCAAUUGGAAAGGCUGUGUUCUCCAUAGGUGAAGGCAUGAAUCAAGGUAAUCUCCAAAAUGUUGGUCAACAUCUCAAUACGCUUCUUGGUGACAAUUCAAUGAGGGUUAAGGCUGAAAGAAUUCCUGAUCCAAGCUCCCAGAUUAACCUCUUCCCUGAGCAAUAUGGGCAGGAGGACCUUAUGAGUGUAUUUCUGAAACAGCAACAAGGCAUUGGAUCAGGUGAAAAUGAGUUUGACUUUGAUGAAUAUUCCAUAGACAACAUUCCGGUCUAGAACAGAUCCUGUCCCUUCUCUUUCUAAUUGCAGUUGCCCAUGUAAAUAGUUGGUGUUCCAUUUGAACCUAAUCAUUCUGCAAUCAGCUAGUUUGGACCGAGUUUAAAUUUUUCAACAAAUAGAAUUUAGUUUAUGUAAAAAAUUCAGGCUACAGGGAGGAGUGUACUAUGACAAUUUAGUCUGGAUGCUCAAGAUCAUUUAAGCAAUGAUGGAGAUGAAUAACUACAAACUUCAACUGCAUGGAUGCAAAAAGCAUAUAUGCAAUUUUUGACUGCUUUUGAUAGCAAAAGUCCUAGCAAGCUUCUGAUGUUAGGGCCUUCAUGAAGAUAUAUUGGUUUAUGGCAGAACUGCAGAAGCAAGGUUUUGAUACAUCUGCAGACUCGUAGGAGCAUUUUGACUUGGAUAACAAAUUAUGAAACUAAAUCUCCUUUGUUCCUUUUUUCCUAUUUUGUUCUCUCAAUUAAGCAAAUGACUGCAGUUAGCAUGUAAAUAUUCCGUUUGGUUGCUCAAGACAUUCAGUCUGGCUAUUAUUUUCUGGUUGUUUCUGUACUUGGAUUUUACAUGUUCUGUUAUGUUUGAGCUGCAAUCGAUCUGCUCCGUUCAUUAUGAUAUGCACUCCAUGCACAUUGAACUGAUUAGGUACUCAGGUGGGAAUUUAUUGCCACCACUGUGCAAGAUAUUGAUUAUGGGGCUUUUCGGUGCGUAGCUUUAGGUUGUGUUCACUUCACAACCCACAAGAAGUUGCAGCCUCGCAUUCUUAUUUAUUUAUUUAUUUAUUUUGGGGGGAUUGUGGAGAGUUUCUCAAG